AUGUCGCGAAUUAUUUCGAGGACAUCAUGGCUCUCACUCCUAUUAGUAGCGCUGCUGGCAGUGUCUACUGUCAACGCACAUCCAAUCCAGCAGACCGAUGAAAAGGAAAAGGGACUCGAAGUUCGAUCACCGAGACUUAUUCCAGGCACCGAUGAGUACGUCCGUAGCAUCUUGCAAGGGUUCGGUCUGGAAGGGCCGACCCCAACCUCAACCCCAACCCCCACUCCAACCACCACGCCCACAAUCACCGUAAAGACCGAGCUGGGCUUGGAGAACGAGGAGCCAACACAAAACACGCACAUUAUCUCCCCGAGCCCCGUCAGCCACACUUACACUUACGGCAGCAAUCAAGCGGGCUACAUUCAAACCGUGGAACACGAACAUAGUAACAGCCAACCGAUCGAGAGUGAACAAAUUGGGGAUGUUUUGAACGGGAGUAAGAAGAUUAGCCUGCAGGAUUUCCCCGUUCUCCUUCAGUCUAUAUAUAAGGCGCUGGAACAUCGAUUGAAAGAUCUGAUUGACAGCUCUGAUGAGAUUGGAUUGGAGAACUUUGUGUGA